AGAACACAGCAUGCCGGAAAAAUGUCCACUUUGCUUAGGAGUUUACGGUCGAAUGGACCUCACCGCAUGACUGUAUAAUUCACUGUUCUUCCUCCAAAUGUUUUGCAUUUUCACCGUCUAUCCAAAACUUUUAAUUAAGGGAAUGCGAAACUUAACGAAUUUCUGUCAGCUAAGUUAUAUGCAUAAUUUUAAAGGACCUCGUCUUUAAGGUGUCUUGAGGCAAUGAGUAGUUAAUAACUAUGUUUCUUUCUGUGUAAUCUGCAGUGGAUCCAUGCUUCAAAGAUUUUUCAUGAACAAAGAGUGCACAUCAGAUUGUAUGCCCAACACAGAGAUCAAAUCUCGCCGUAAUUAAGUCAGUCUGAGAUUACAAGAGGAGAAAUUCAUAGAAGAACUGUGGGAAGCAUCAUUAAGGAUAUGGUAGCACGUUUUAUGAUGGCCAGAACGCUGACAAUGAGGCUGCAUUUCCUGAGCCAUUUGGAUUACCAAAUCAUUCCAUCACUGAAAGCAUGUGCUGGUAAGCGUCUGUCUUCUCCUUGUCUCAGAACCCCCACUGUCUGUUUUCCCACAUGUUCUAGCCUCAGUACAAGGGGUGUAUGCACCACAGAACGAGACCCAAUGUUCCUUGUUGCUGGAUCUGUUCGGCCUUACCAGGAGCUCCUCCCCAGUGGAAGUGGUCUGUCUUUGUUGCACCACUUGACUUCUGAUGAGGACCACGCCUUUAUGAAACGACUCACCUCCUGUACUUCAUCUCAGCAAGUUCUACGUCUCCUGCGAUCUUACCCUCUCCUCUCAGGUGCAGCAGCGGCUUCUAUACUUCACCGACUGGCAGACUUUGAGCAUGAUGCCACAUGUGGUCUUUGGAAACCACAGAUACUACUAUCAGAUGCGGGCCUUAAUAAACUGUGUCAAACCCUGGAGCAUGAUUCAGACAGAUUAGAGGAUGAGGUAUUGGUUAAAGCUCUCCUGGGCUGCACACGUCUCUACCUUGACCCUCAGAGCCGCCUAGUGCUAAGGCUGGUGUUCGAAAGUCAGAAGAGAUUGAAUUUGGAACGGCUCAGUGUUGAAGCGCUAUGUGGGUUAUCGAGGGCUUUGUUUGCACUGGAAGGCCCUAACAGCAGCAUGAUAAAACAAGCUAUGUGUCAGCUCCAAAAUAAAGAUACAGCUCAAUGGAAUAUGGCAGAGCUAGUUGCUGCUUACUGUAUGCUAGCAACUGGUUUGGGUGAAGAUGGAUGCUAUCUGGAGCUUCUAAAUGAAAUGAAUUCUCAGUCACUUCGAUUAGUGCAACAAAUGGGCCCAGGGGCGAUUAGCGAGAUUCUAGGUGCUUUGUUCAAGUUGAGACAUAAGCAAGCAUUACCUCUUGUAAUUGCGCUUUGCAAGCAAGCUGUCCAUCAUGUGCAAAAUUUUGCAGAUUCAGAACUGACUGUGGUGUUGUCAGCACUUAUGCACUAUGGACACAGUGACCACUUUCUUGUGGAAGCUCUUGAGCGCCAUGUUCCCAAGGUUGCCUUCACUACUGAUGCAGAAACCGUAACCAAGGUGAUGCAGUUUUUCCGGCGAUGGCGCAUUCUUUCUCCUCCUGUUUUUAACACGGUGGCUGAGAGUUUUGUGUAUCGUGCAGAGGAGUACUCGACGUGGCAGGUGUCACAACAGAUAGCUGCACUGGGAGUUUUGGGAUAUCUGCCACCUGAUGCUGGAAGAUUGUUCCGAAAGGUGGAGUCGAUUUUGCACGCCCGGUUUUCACAGUUUCAGCCCAGAGCCCUGCUAGACCUACUGUAUGCCUGUACCCUUCUACAGAGAUACCCACUUAACUUUGUCUCAAAAGUCUUCAGCCCUUACUUCAUGCAACAGCUACAGGGGGAGGAGGGCAGUGGGAUAGAUCACAGAGUGCUUGCCCAGCUGACCCAACUUUACAUGACUGUAAAGCUCGAGUGUCCAUUCUAUGAUGGACCACGACUUUCGCAGAAGUUUCGAGUGAAGUCAUUUUUGGCUUCUGGACAGUCUUUGGAGACUCCGGUGGAACCUAAUUUCUACAAUGCUGUGAAGUCCGCCCUAGUGGAUCUGCUGGGAGCCCAAUCUUACUUUGCUUCCAAAGUGCUUACACCAUAUUGCUAUACGCUAGACAUUGAGAUAAAACUAGAUGAAGAAGGGUAUGUCUUGCCUGCUUCUCAUACAGAUGAAGUCCAUAAAAGAAUUGCUCUCUGUAUUGAUGGGUCAAAGCGCUUUGCAGCAAAUGCAGAGACACUACUAGGCAAGGAAGCCAUUAAGCAGCGUCACCUGAGGAUUUUGGGAUAUGAAGUUGUUCAGAUUUCAUACUAUGAAUUUGAGAAACUCAAGGAUAAAAAAGAGGUUGUGGAAUAUCUGCACAAGAAGAUCUUUCCUCACAGCUACAGACUCAGCUGGUGAUAGCUGGAUCACCAAAUGGAUAUUGAACUACAUUAUAGUAGAUUUAUUAGGUAUACACGUUUGUGUUUGUGUACAGAAACAUCGGUGUACUUUUUUUGUUUGUUUGUUUUUUCCUGGAUUCUUGAUAUUGUAUGUAAAUAAUAUUUAUUUAUGCUUUCAAUAAAGUGUAUUGUAGUACAAAGUAAACCACCUACCGGUGUAUAUCAUUCAGAAAAUAAAUCAUAUCUACACAGACAAAAACAAAAAAACCAACCCAGUGAUUCAUGUUGAAAGUUAUCAUGGACAGAUUUCUUACGAAGCAAAAGAUUAUAAUCUGAAGUAGAUCAAGAUUGAGAUUUAAAAAGAUGAAAUCUUGACAUCCGUC